AUGUUGUUUUUACAGUUCAAGCCGUUUGCGCUGGACAUGGCCCCAGAUUCUGUUGAUGACAAAUAUGAUGGUUGCACAACGGAAAUGUACACUAAGGCGGCCAAGUAUCUCCAGGAAGAGAGAAAUUCAAACUCAAAGUUCAAUGAAGCCUGGAAGAUAGCCGAACAAAAAGCAAAGUCACCUAAAUAUGGUCUGUACAGAGAGCAUUCCAUUGCUAUGUAUUUGUACACAAAUAACAAACCCAAAACCAAAUCUAAAUCUAAAUCACAAUCCUUCUACUUUGACUUCAACAAAGCAGUUAGAAAUGGCAAAUCACUGUAUGGAAAAACAUUCCAGUACCAAUCCCUGCACUUCUAUCUGACUGAUGCCAUUCGCAUCCUUAAACUAAGUCAAACAACAUGUAGGACCACCUACCGUAGAACUGGCACGUAUUUUGAUCAGAGUGUUGUUGACAAAGAGAUCCGUUUCGGUUCUUUCACCUCAAGCUCUCAACUCAAAACCUUAUAAACUUUCGGUAACGUUUCCUGCUUUGAGAUCAAAACAUGUUUUGGGGCUAACCUGACAUAUUACUCUGCCUAUGCAAAUGAGAGUGAGGUUUUAAUUCCGCCCUAUGAGGUAUUCAAAGUCACUGAAGUCCAGAAGAACCAGUUGUGUAAGGUUGUCUACAAGGUAGAGAGCACUAGAUCUCAGAGCAACCUGAAUUGUAGAUUGCUAAAUGGAGUGCAAUCAAACCAGAGAGGGAGCUUUUUUCCAUUCAGCAGAACAUCAGAUAAGCCUGCAGGCUUCAUAAUGCUCUAUUUUAUGUUCAUAUUUACUGUAUAUUACUGA